AUGGAUUAUCUUCAAGCUAAGAAAGUUGACACGGUGAUUACAAAUAACACCCCAAAAAAAUAAUAAGAAAACGAACAAAAUCUUGAUGAAUCUCAAAAGUAAGGAAAUAUUUUUCCAAAUAUUAUCUAAAGUGAAUUAGACAAAAUAGUAAAUAAUUCGAAGAAAAUGGAUGAAAAGCUUCCUUCUUCCGAAUAUAUUAUUCAUUUAAAUGAAAGCUUGAGCAUAAAGACUCUGACUAAACAUCUCAUUGAAAAAGAAGAAAAUAAUUGA